GGCACCUUCGCUUCCGGACACGUCCGUGCGCGGGGCGCGUCACGUGACGCGCUCCAUUUCCGGCCUCGCUUUGCUGCCUGGCUGGGCGCUCCUUGGGGCUCGUUGCCGUGUGAGGAGAAGCCGUCGCCAUCAUGCCGGUCUACUUCCAGCGGCCCGAGAACGCCCUAAAGCGGGCGAACGGUGAGUGCGGAGCUCGGGGGCCGCUCGCCAGCGGGGCCGGGGGAGGGCCCGCCUCCGCGCCCCGCCCGCGCCCCCAUUAUGCUUAGUAAUGGAGGCCGAGGCCUAGGCUCCCGCCACACUUGGGAGGCCCAGGCACCCGCCACGCUGACCGCAGCACGGCCUCGCCCUCCUCUCCGCGCUGUCGCUUGGGGUGGCCGGCCGGCCCCGGCAGGCACGCAGCCGAGGUGGAAGGAGUGGCGGUGAAAGGGACGAGCUCUUUAGACACGAGGCCUCUCCGCUCCUCGUGGCGGCUCUCGCGACUCACUUCCUCUCGUUUGAGCCAGGCUUCCGCGCGAGGGGGUGUGAGCGGGGAGAGGGAUGCGCCUGGUUUUUCCUCCCCCUCUUUCGUCAGUAAAUAAAACACAUUUUUAAAAAAGUGCCUCCCUAGGCAGCGCUUGUCUUCAAUGGCUGUCGUGUUAUACCUGUUCCCAGUGGCCACGGUCGUCACAGUUGAUUAUCCCACCACCCCGAAUCAAUAAACAAAGGGCGGCUUUUAUCUCGCGUAGGGAUCUUUGGGUUUCGAAAUCCCUCUCGCAUGUUCCCUACGUUUCGUUAGGAAUUAUGGCCUGCUCCAAGAAUCCUGGUUUAACUCAGUUUCCCAGUGGCGUCCAUGACAAAUCUAGCUACAGCGCUGCAGGAAAUGGGCGCUCAUUCUCCGCCUCUAUCUUCCCCCUCCCCCGUUCCCCAUUUUUUUUAAACCAUUAAAUUAAUAUCGUUCAUUUUGAGACCCCCAUAGCAGGGGUGCCCAAAUUUUUUUCAAAGAGGGCCAGAUCUGAUGAAGUGAACAUGCAUGAGGGCAAACCAAAGUUGUUGACCUUUUUUAGGAUUGAUUUUGUUGAGCCUUUUAGGGCUUUACCCCAGGAUUAAAUCGACCAGCAGGCCAGAUUAGGGCCCCCAAAUGGACUUUGGACAUGCCUACCCCAGAGCGUGCACUGCCUGGUAUGAUGUAAAAGUAAAUAUUUGGUCUUUUUCAGAGUUCAUAUCACAUCUGAUGACACAGAACUAAGCAUAUGGAACAAAGGUUACAAUUUUUCUUGCUUUCCAGUGUAACGUGGAAAGUCUCUACUGCUAAGCAGCUUCAGUAAACAAAGAACCAUUAUUUAAAGGAGUUACUUACCAUAGUUACUUUUAAUUGUAACACCGUGAAAUGUCAUUGUGAAAACUUAAGACAACUGAACAAGAUGGAAUUCCAUAAUAGAUUUUAAAGUUUUCAAGUGAUAUUCAGGAAGUUUGUUGUUACUGUGCUUGAUACAUCCCAUUCCUCCCCUCAUCCUUUUCUUUGUCUUUUAUGUAGCGCACUGAAAAUUCCAGUAACACAGCUCACUGUAUUAAUAUGUAGGGCAGCAAACACACCCACUUUAAAAGCUAAUUUAAUAACCAAAAUGCUGGUAAGAACCAGUUUUAAAUAGUAGGGCUGCCUGUUACAGUAGACUCAAGCCAAAUAUGUGUGAGCAUAUUAUAAUUUAAUUAAAGCAGGUUAUAUGUACCUAAUAAAUACAAGUAAAGUUUGAUAAAAACCAUUACUGUCAAAUGGAAUUAAGUCUUGAAAUUUCAGUUAAGUUUUUUAAAAAGUUUUUUUAUAAAAUCAUUAACAUGCAUAUUACCAUUAUGUGAAUUAUUCAAAUCUGCUUACUUGAUUUUUCCAUUUCCUACAUUCAGGCCAUUCAGACUUAACACCAAAUUAUGGUUUGAUUUCUAAUGCCUGUCUUGCACACUUACUCCCCUCACACACUUCACUCAGUAAAUGCCUAAUCCUUGUUCGUGGCAAACUAGGGUUUGUUGCUAUGUGCAAACAAUAAUUUGUCUGUUGGACAAAAGUAAACAUGAUGGUUAGCUGUGGACAAGGAUAGGAAGCUACUAAUCAUGGCAUGCAAAUUAAGUGGGAAUGUACAAUGGUGGUUCUUGUAAUAUCUAACCAUGGGGUUUGCCGUCAUGUUAGAACACAAACUUCAUCUAUCAUCUGGCAAUUGCUUAAAAGUAUUGACAGAAUACAUAUUUUUCAUUGCAUUGGAUGCUAUAUGUUACUAGCGUAUGAAUAGUGAAUUCAAGAGUAAGUGGCCAGGAUCUUAAUAUUGACAUUGUUUUGGGAUUCAUAAUUUUAAAUGUUUUUUUAGAGCCAAGAAUCUCUUGGACAAGAAACUUGAAAAUGUAUUAAUUUCAAAAGUCAAAAUGUGAUUUAAAUAAUUUAAAAAUCUAUUGUUUGAAAUCAGGUUUCUUACAUUGAAAAUAAUACAUUUCUUUACCAAAAUGCCAUAUUUACUGGUAUUUAUAGCAAUAAAUAGUCAUUUGCCACUAAAGAGGGAUUUUAUACAACCAAAGAGCAUAAUUCAGGAGCUUUGGCCAUACAGCCCACAUGCCUUUUGUGCUGCAAAUUUAUUUUGGCUUGGAGAGGAGUCAGAUUUCUGUUUGUAAACAUACAAGAAUAGUAAGCAAGAUUGUGUACUGGCUGUACUUGCACUUCAUGAUAACCCAAGCUUUCUGGCUUACUGUGUUCUACUGAGAAUGAACAGCAUGUGUGGUGCGCCCUGCUCAGUUGCUUCCACUUUGCCUUCCUGGUGCAAGUGCAAGUCUUGGCUUUGUGUUACAUAGAAACCAGGGAUCAUGGUUUGUUUCUCCAUUGCAAGCCAUGAUUGCCAGCCAUCAUGAACCAAUGGUUUGUUGUUGCUUCCUGAUCAUAAAUAUAUCCCUGGUUAUCCCUGUAAUACAAAGCCAAGGUUUCCUGGUUUGUUUAGCCAUUUACAGCCAGGGAAGAGUGCAGCAGGAGCAAUCAGGCAGCAUGCACCAGCUCAUUGUUCAUUGUCUGUUAACCAUGAUAAACCAAAAUGUCAUUUAGCAGAUUGGGGUUGACUUUUAAUUGCACAUGCAUGGCAUCAGACUGUAAUAAGUAUUUGUAACUUGCCAGAAGCAAGGUAUGGUAGUUCUUGGAGUGUCCUCAUGAGAUGGAGCAUAAGUGUUCAUCCAUUUUAGUUUGUAGAGUCAUAGCUAUUCAUAUUUGAAACGGAAGAUAUUGCAGAACUCUUAUAGCUGAAGGACAGAAAUGACAACAGUUUGUAACUACAAAUUGUAUCACUUCUCUCGUUAUUCUAGAACACACAACAAUGCUUACUAAAGGUUUAGCCAAUCUGUUGCAACCUUUCCUUUUAAAGUGAAACAGUUUUACAAAGAACUGUUGCCACUUCACCGUAUUUCUGUUUUUCUUCCCUAGAGACUUAAAUAGUUAGUUUGAGCUAUCAGAAAUGGCUGACUCAAAUCGUUUAUAGUAUUAGUUUCCUGAAAUCCUUUUGAAGCAUUAAGAAUUUGUGGGCAAGUUCACAAAAGCUGGUGGUCCGCAAAAAUGUUUACUAGUAUGCUGAUACACAUUUUUUUAAAGUAAUUUUUGGCUGUCAGUAUUCUGCAAAGUAUAAAAUUAGACUGUUCCCCCCAUUUUACAGUUGUUGUUCAGCCUGAUUCCCUGGAGGUGAUUAUUACUUUCAACAAUACUAUGGAAAUGGCUCUUUAUAGCAACUUUCCUCUGUUCCAUUCUGAAGCAAUAUAUUUAUUAAAAUGAAAACAGUUUGUAUUAAGAGUCAUAAUUUAUUUUUCUCAGAAUUUCUUGAGGUUGGGAAGAAGCAACCUGCUCUUGAUGUUCUCUACGAUGUUAUGAAAAGUAAAAAACACCGAACAUGGCAAAAGAUCCACGAACCGAUUAUGCUGAAGUACUUGGAGCUCUGUGUGGACCUCCGCAAGAGCCACCUGGCUAAAGAAGGCCUAUAUCAGUACAAGAAUAUCUGCCAACAGGUAAAGGCUCUGAAAAGUGUUAUCAUAUUAAUAGUAUGUUGUUAAAAACAAGCAUUAUAAUAAAGUAUAUGUUUCUAGAUGUUUUAGAAAAAUGUACUUGAUGGUUCUGUACUAUAUAUGUGACUAUAAAAGCUUCAUAGGAUUAGAGAUAAGGAGCAUAUAUCACCAAUAGAACACUUUUGAAUGAAUUGUAGCUGCAGAAGUCAAUUAUUCACAGAUGCAUAGCUACACUUCAUUAUACUGUCAUAGUUUUAUAUUUAUAUCUGUAUAUAUUCUUAUAUAAGUAACUUCACCUCAAGUCUAAGCAAAGUUAUUUAUAGCCGUUCUAAUUCUGAUACAGGUGAACAUCAAAUCCUUGGAGGAUGUAGUUCGGGCUUACUUAAAAUUAGCAGAAGAAAAAACUGAAUCUGCUAAAGAAGAGUCUCAGCAGAUGGUGCUAGAUAUUGAAGACUUAGAUAAUAUUCAGACUCCAGAGAGGUAGGUAACAGUGCUAUGAUACUUCUUGUUUGAAGCUUAAUUUUGUAUUAUGCAUACAUAUUGAAAAACACUGAUGAACUAAUUUAUGAUUUUGGAUGCAAGCUGAGUUCUUUUGGCAGACUUAUGUCUGACUCAGUCAAAUCAACUUUCACCUUGAUGUGGAAGACUAAAACAAGAAUUGCAUUCCCGUGACUUUGAAAGAUGCUUUCAAAGAAUGCUGUUGUUGUGUCAUUAGAAUUUCAUUGUGCUUCCUGAUAUGCAUCUUGGCAAGUGAGAGGACAUGAUAAAAAGAUUGUGUAGAAUAACAUAUUCCUUUUGUUUCUUAAUUCUAGUGUUCUCCUAAGUGCUGUGAGUGGGGAAGACACUCAAGAUCGUACUGAUCGGUUACUUUUGACUCCCUGGGUUAAAUUUCUAUGGGAAUCAUACAGGCAGUGUUUGGACCUUCUCAGAAACAAUUCUAGAGUGGAGCGGCUUUAUCAUGAUAUUGCACAACAAGGUAAAAUCUGUUUGUUUGUUUUUUUGGUAAGACAUAUGCAGUCACUUUUUAAAGUUCUGGAAUCUCUUACUGAUUGCCUACUUCCAGCAGGUGCAGGGGUGAGCAUUUUGUUCUUUAAAAAGAAAAUUAGAAAUCUUUGGUUAAAAUAUUUUUUAUAGUAACGAUUCAACUGUUACCUGACUUUUUAUUAAGGACAGUAAAAAGCGUCUUUUAAAAGAUAAGAAAACAAAGUGUAAAUUUGAGUGUUAGAAAAUAUUGUCAGUUUGAACUGCUGGUCUGGUUAGUGCAGCACAGUAAGUCAACCUAUGUCUUGCCAGGACUGCAUGAAACAGGGUCCCAGAGAGGUGUUGGCAACUGCUUUGCUGUUCCCUGGUCUUUUUACCUCUGUGCCAUUCUGAACAAAUUAAGGUUUGAUUUAGUGUCUGCACCUAGCUCAUGGUUAAGUGGUUAGUGAGUAGAGAGCUUAACCAUGAGCUCAGAUUUGAAUAGCAUGCUAAUCCAAACCUGCAUGGUUCAAUGUAGUGAGGAGUAAAAAUGACUGGUGAGGAGCAAAGCGGCUGCAAGCUAAUCUCCAGUAGCUCACAUUUGCACAUGGUCCCAAUAAGCCAUACUUCAGUUUAUUCUGUUGUGUGAACAAGACCAAACUGACUUUUUAACUGCUUCCAAAUGCCAUAAUUUUAUCUUGCAGCUUUCAGGUUCUGUUUGCAAUAUACUCGUAAAGCUGAGUUUCGCAAACUCUGUGACAAUUUGAGAAUGCAUUUGGGUCAGAUCCAGCGUCAUCACAAUCAGAGUACAGCUAUCAAUCUCAAUAACCCAGAGAGUCAGUCAAUGCAUUUGGAAACCAGACUUGUACAGUUGGACAGUGCUAUAAGCAUGGAACUGUGGCAGGUAUGUAAUUACACAGUUAUUGAGGUACUGACAGUCUCUCUUUCUGUUGCCAAAUUCUUUUAAGCUUUACUUUCUGUUUUCUGCUUUAAGGGAUCUGGUAAUUUAGAGAGCUGUACAUAAAUAAGCUAACAUAAAUUUAUUUAUUAAUAAAGUUUUCUGGUAAAAGUGUGCUUAGGCUCAGAACUUGGGAUGAGCAUACCAGGACUGGGGAACUGUUUCUGGUCAGUGGACCAGAUUUUAAUCUCCCCUGCAAGCCACAUUUGACAGGUGGCUGAAGCCUGUCAAUCACCUGGCAUCAUAGUGACAUCAGGUGCCUGGUUGAUGAGACUUCAAAGCACAGUGGGGUAUUUUAAGCAGCUCUUUGUAAAAAAAAAACAAAAAAACCCUGUGUUGCUGUUUACAAAGGUCAAUCAAAGAGCCCCCAUCCUGUUCCUUUGAAACUAAACAAAAUGGAGGUAUUAAGGAGCAGUGUACAAGGAUGUGUACAAAUGGUGGUCAAACAGCUCCCAUAAUAUUGCUUCAAAGCUUUACAGACAGAGGGCUUGAGCGCACUGCUGAGAGGGGGAAGGCUCAAUUGAACAGAAACUAUUUCAAGCUCCCAGUUGUCCCAUUUGUCCCGUUACCUGACCCACAAUUGAUAUAAUGUGGGUGGGCGUGGCUUCCCCAAGAUGUCCUGGCAGGCAAUGCUUGGUUUGUGGGCUGGAAAUUCCCCGCUUAGAUCUAUCUAUCUAUCUAUCUAAUAACAUGUAUUUAUUAAUACACCACUAUUCUGGCAGACCUCACAAGCUAGGCCUGUAACUUUACAUUGUAUGAGGUUUCUAUAUAUCCCUCCCCUCCAGUUUGUUUGACAUACAGUUGUAGUGUAACAUGAUUUUUUAAAAAAAACUCCUUUCAGGAAGCCUUCAAAGCUGUGGAAGACAUACAUGGAUUGUUCUCCUUGUCCAAGAAACCACCAAAGCCCCAGCUGAUGGCAAACUAUUAUCACAAAGUUUCUACUGUCUUCUGGAAAUCAGGAAAUGCGCUCUUUCAUGCAUCCACACUUCACCGUCUUUAUCAUCUCUCAAGGGAAAUGCGAAAGAACCUCACGCAGGAGGAGAUGCAGAGGUAGGAAAACUUUUGUUUGCGGGUGCAUUUUUAAACUUAGAAAUAGCAUCAAUAGUGUAUUGCAAAUGGUUGGAAGCUGGAUUUAAAGCUUGUCAGUUAGGCCAUUUUAGGUAUGGCAUCUAGAAUGGAGGCUAAUGCAAUUCAACUGCUUAAAUCUUCUGUCUGUAGGAUGUCAACGAGAGUCCUUUUGGCCACUCUGUCCAUUCCUAUAACACCUGAACGAACUGACAUUGCUCGUCUUCUAGACAUGGAUGGCAUCAUUGUUGAAAAGCAGCGGCGAUUGGCAACUCUGUUGGGCCUCCAGGCCCCACCUACACGAAUUUCUCUCAUUAAUGAUAUGGUAAGCAACAUUUCAUAAAACAUUUCUAUGUAGUUUGCAUCCUUGAUUAAAAGGAACUUUAGUAAAACUUCAGAAUGAUGUGAAUAGUAAACAAUGUGAUUGAAAAUUAAAAGUUUCAUUUGUUACCUACUUUCUCCCUCCAGUCCCAGUUUAGCUGCAGACUACAGCAGCAACUGGAACUCUUUAGUGCUGUCCAUCUACAGUGGGGCAUAUUUCAUGACUUUGGCCUUGCUUCUCCAUAAGAUCUGUAAAUGUGACAUUCUAGGUGUUUCAGCAUUUGGAGAUGUAUGCCCCCGUCACAUUAAUUGCACAUGAAGAGUAUGUUUCUUAUCUAUCACAUUUUGAUUAUUUUUUUAAAAAUUGUAGUUUAGCUAAUCCUUGAGAUGAAACAUUAAGUGUUAAAGCUUGUUUGAUAUUUACCGUUAAAAACAUUCAUGUCUUAUAGGUGAGAUUUAAUGUUGUACAACAUGUUGUCCCAGAAGUAAAGGAACUUUAUAACUGGCUUGAAGUAGAUUUUCAUCCACUGAAGUUAUGUGGUCGCGUAUGCAAGGUAAGUCCUGAAAUUUUAUUCAGAAGUAUGUAAUUUCUGUGUAGUUGACAAAAUUCACACAAAUGUUGAUAUAUAGUAGAUGUAUGGUAUUUUUAAAGUGCUUUUUGUGUCCAGGUUAUUUUAUGUCACUAUUAAUAGCAUUCCAAUCUGUUUCUAGAAUUUCUAAUGGCAUGAAAAUGCUGCUUGAAUUUCCAUUCAUAUAAAUACUACACAUUUAAAAGCAAAACCUGGUCAUGCAAAUGGAAAAUGCCCUUUUGCAAGAGUAGGUUCCUAGUUUGUAUUUUAAGUGACUAAUGGAUGCUUCUGAUUUGAAAUGUCAUUGUACAGCCAGAAAACAGCAUUAACUGUUGCUUGCAGUGUAUUCCUGUACAUGUUUACAGGGAAGUAAAUCCCACAGUAUUCAAGUGGACUUUUUGCCUAAUACGUGUGUGCUUAAGGUUGUAGGCUUAGCUGACAUAUAUGUAAUUCUCCAGAGUUGUACAGGGUGAAGCACGUUUCAUUGUCUUUCUCUUACUAUUUAUAAGAACAAAGAUAUUUCUAAUGUGCUAGAUAAAAGAUGAAGGUAAAUUAGCAGUGUGGCACACAUUGUCACCACUGUCAGUCACCUUCAAACACAACUUAAUACACAUUGUGUUAGAAACACUUUAGUGAUUGAACUAAGUAAUGAUUUUGUGGCCUUAAAACAGGAGGAGGUAUAUUGGAUUAGAGAAUAUAUUGGGUUGAAAAAGUUUAAAGACUUGCCUUAAUUUUCGCUCCCUGUGUAUUCCUGAGUAUACCCUCCUGUGUGCAUGUUGAGCCCAAAAGUCCCUAGUUUUUGGCUUUAGGCAUUCCCAUUUUCUUGCUAAUUGGAAAAAUAUACCUCUUUAAUAUUGGAGAAGAUUAGCAUGUUUCUGACAUGUUAUGGAAGCUCUUUAAAGUGCACUUUGCUAUGCAGAAUUGACUAAGCUAACAGACAAACUACGAGAGAAGGACCAAACGGACUUCAAAUGAGUCUGGGAACCAUUUACAGUUUAUUUGCAGAAACAACAGAAUGGACUGGAUUCACUGACAGGAUUUGAAUAAACUUUCACAACUUCAUUGGAGUAACAGAUAUUUUAAAGAAAUGAUAAGGGAUUUUAUUUUUCUGUAGGAAAAGCAGGAUACGAUAAAUAAAACUAAAUAACUCAGCAGAGGGGGAGUAGAGGGAAGUCCAGAGGAGGGGAGGGAGAAUAAUUGUAAAUAACAUGAUGAAUGAGAUUUGUAUCAUUAAUUGUUAUAAAAUUCAAUAAAUAUUAAAAAAAUAAUAACUACUGUGAAAAAUUGGAGGGUUGAUGCAAUUUAGUGAGGAAAAGGUAUUGUCUGAACCAGCCAUGCUAUCUUACAAUCUCUAAACAAUUCUGUAUAGGUGUUGAACUGGGUAAGAGACCAAUCUGAGAAGGAACCAGAACUGCAACUGUAUAUCCCCCAUCUUCAAAAUAACACCAUACUCAGGCUGCUUCAGCAGGUAUGAUUGCAAAACAAGAAUCUUCAAAUUGGAAUGUGCAGUUGGAGUGAAUGUUGCAGAAUUCCUAAAUCCAUCAAGAUUCACCCAACUGCACAAGUGAGGAGCUUGGUUGUGACUUUUAGGGUAUUCUUAAUGCCAUAUUUGUAUAAGUUUUGUUGAGCAAUAUGGAUGGGGCACCUAAGGAGCCCCACCCACAGUAGCCCUGCUCAAGGACUUCUACUUGGUCAAUGGUUUUUUCCACUCCUCUCUUCAUCCUACACAUUCUCCACGCUCCCUGAAACCGACUUGAGGUGGUGAUGGUGAGGAGAACCACUAGAACAGCAUGCAGAGGGAGGAGAGGAUCAUUGUAAUGUUUCUGCAGAUGGUAUAUUCAUCAGAGUGCAUUGUUGAAUUCCACCCUAUAAGUUGUGUGUUUUACUGUUUUGUUGUAAUGCAAACUAUCCUGGUAUCUCAUGACUGGCAGGAUAGUGUGUGUUUUUUAAAUAGAAUGUUCUGUUCCUAUGUAUCUUUUAAGGAUCACUUAGUGAAAGAUAUAAGGGGCAUCCUUAAUUUAGUUGCACCUGUAUGUAGUAGAUAUUGGACGUGUUCCUUGAUUGAACUCUGAAAUCUCUUAAAUUAAACCUUAAUAUUUGUCAGUUCCUUUUGACUAAGAGCUUAUCUGUAUCAUAAGGAACAUGGUUCUCAUACACUGUUUUCUGUAAUGUCUUCAAGUUCUGCCCAUGUGAUUAAAGCAUAUCAUAUAGGGAAUAUAUUACACUUGUAAUUCUUGUUGAAUUAAGGAGACAUCACUAAUGUGACACAUAACCAUGUGGUCUGCUGUAACUUGACAAGAAGAUGUAGUUACCAAAGAGUGGUGUUGGUGCAAUGCCAUUUUGAAUAAUGUAUGAAACAGCACCAAAGAACCACAUGCAGCAAACUACUUUUUUUCCAUAUGCCCUCUGGCCCUGCUCAUUCAAGUGAACAUGUGUAGGAUGUGGGAUUAUUUCCAUGUAGAGAACCCCCACUUCCAGUUAUAUUGUUUGUAUAGUCACUACCAAUGCACAAAUAUGCACAGGCUUUGUAUAUGUGGCCUCCUAAUGGUGUUUACUAUUAGUACACGUGUGUAAAGACUACACAGGUGACUGAGCAUAAGUUGGGGCUGGGCUUAUUGCUUGACUUCUUCUGCAUGAUGGCUGUCUGGAUUAGGCUUCUGAUGCUUAACAGAAAACACAGACAAUGUUGCUGUGCUCUGAACAAGCUACAGGAGACAGAAACAUUGCCUGGGUUACAGAGGUACAAGGCGUGGGUGAUGGAUCUACCUAGUUAAAUAAUAAAUUCUUAACACAAGGCAUUUUUAGUUUCAGUUUUCCAAAUGCACAUGUCAUUGACCUGUUUCCUUUACAGUGGUAAGCAGUGUUAUUUCUGAUGUGCUAAAGGAACAGUUGAAGGCUAAUUAGCAGCUUUACUCCGUUGAGAGACUGCUGCCAGUCUCCUUCACACAUAGUUGCUGCUUGGGAGAGUGAGUAAUUCCUUUGAAUAAACGCUUGACAGAAAAUGUGAAGUGUUUCUUAAAUGUGAAUGAUUAUUCACUAUUGUUGAUGGUUGAGCUGUUGACUUAAGUUAAUUGAGCUCUUAAAAAUGCUUGUACAAUAUUAGGAUGAAUAAUUGGAAAGAGUUGAAUAUUCAUGUGUUACGCAGGUGGCCCAAAUUUAUCAAAGCAUCGAAUUUUCUCGCCUGACUACUCUGGUUCCUUUUGUUGAUGCUUUCCAACUGGAACGUGCAAUAGUAGAUGCUGCCAGACAUUGUGAUUUGCAAGUAAGUGCAGUAGCGAAAAACGUCAAAUGUAUUUAGAUAAAUCUGAUUAAAGCUUGUUUAGUCAAACAUAACAGUCACUUUUGUCUUUUGAAUUCCAAAAAAUGAGUUUCAGCACAUUCUUCAGUGGUGGGAUAACCCACUCUAGAAUAACCUCUGGCCGGUGAAGAGCAUGAACUUUUUCACAAGAAGUCCAACAAAAUUUCCUUCACCUGUGCAACCUUGAAUGGUUGGAGUGAGCAAAGAUUGAGCCAUACAGCAGGCUUUCCCGACUUCUCUGUACAGCUUGGUAGUAGUCCAGCUGCUCCUGACUCCUGGAACAGCAUUCCCAGAACAGUGCAGAACAGAAAAGUCCAAAGAAUUAGGCGGGGCUGCCAUAUGCAAGUGAAAGUGCUUGGCUUCUCAAGCAAGACUUCUCUGAUUCCCAGUCAAUAUGUUUUCUUGGAAAAUGGUUGACUUUUAGAAUUCAAAAGCUACCUUUCUGGAAAUAUAGUUAGAAACUUGCAACAGUUACAGAGCAGUUACAGCUGGUGUGUGUGUGGAAACAGACAAAGGAACUGAAGCUUCUAAAGCCCUGCCAGGUUUAGGCAGAAGGAAGGGUAGAAGGAAUGUCCCCCCCCCCCUCUGACUUUCUCUCUCUUAUGAUUUAUGGAAAUAAACUAAACUAGCUCCAGGGCUGACAUAGUUUGUCCCUGUUCUAUGGUUUUAUUGGGGAAACACAAUCUGUUUAUACAAGGGGCACAGGGGUUUCUAUGGUGACAGGGAGGGGCCUUACAAAAUCUGACCUCCCUCUCCGAAGGCAGACAUCUCUUUCUGCCAUUGGAGAGGAAGAUUUGAAAAAUCCUAUAGACCCUGGGACACCCAUUAGUUUAGAUGCAUCAGUUAAAUCAUGGUUCUAAUCAUGUAGCAUUGUUUCUAGUUGAAGUACUUUGAGCUUGGCAACUGCAGUUUUUAUAUCUUAGGAGAGGUAUUCCCUCCGUGUGUAAAAGAAUUGAGGAUUCUGCCUCUUAGAAAAUGCUUGCUUAGAUACAUGUGUACAUAAUCUAAUAACAUUUUUUAAAAGAUUUUUUUCAUCAUAUCACCAUAUGCACAUGUAAUUGGUUAAUGAACUAGAUCAUAUGAUAAUAUAGCUAAGAUUUCUUUAAUUAAGAAGUAAUUUCAGUUUUUAAGUUUAUCAUUUGAUUUGAGUACAGUUCAGAAGUCUGUUGUAUACCGUGCUGAUCUCAAUGUUAAAUGGCAGUAACAUAAGAAAAAUAAGAGCUGGUUAGACAAAAUUUAAAAGCGGCUGUGAGAAACUAUCCUAAACAUGCCCUUAAUAAUGAAUUUCUGAAUUACUCUAUCUUAGGUUCGCAUUGAUCACACCACUCGAACACUGAGUUUUGGGUCAGAUUUGAACUAUUGCACUCGGGAAGAUGCACCUCUUGGCCCUCAGCUGCAGAACAUGCCAUCUGAGCAGAUCAGGAGCCAGUUGACAGCUAUGUCAUCUGCGCUUGCAAAGGCUCUUGAAGUGAUUAAGCCACCUCACAUAUUGGUAAGUUGUAAGCUUUUGAUACAUCUUUAAAAGAAUACUGAUGCUUUAUGGGAAACUUGGUAUGUUGAGUCAUGGUUUGAAUAUUUCUUCUCUUCCCUCCAAUGCAUGUUUGACUCCCCUGUUGCCUGUGUUCAAGGCACAUGUCACCGCUGAUGCACACUGCUUUCAGCCCUGGAAGAGUGCAGGGUGGGUUUACACUCUCGGUGCCUCGGAACACACACCGUGUACAUGGGGAGUUGCCUGUACUUACAUGCAUUACUUAAAAAUAUUUAGUGCUGGCAUAUUUAUUCUAACACAGUGGUACCUUGGGUUACAUACGCUUCAGGUUACAUAUGCUUCAGGUUACAGCCUCCGCUAACCCAGAAAUAGUGCUUCAGGUUAAGAACUUUGCUUCAGGAUGAGAACAGAAAUUGUGCUCCGGCGGCAGCAGGAGGCCCCAUUAGCUAAAGUGGUGCUUCAGGUUAAGAACAGUUUCAGGUUAAGAACGGACCUCCGGAACGAAUUAAGUACUUAACCCGAGGUACCACUGUACAUAUGUUUUUGAAGAAUCUGUUCUGAGAUGGCAGUGGGGGAAAAACACAAAAGAACCUGCAUUAAUAAUUCCUCAGAAUUCAGCAGUGCUUUACUCUCCCAUUUGUAUUUUGUAUUUAAAUGGGUUUUUGUUGUUCUGCCUUUAACCAUUUUGCAGCUAGAGAAGGAAGAGCAACACCAGCUGGCUGUUACAGCUUAUUUAAAAAAUUCAAGGAAAGAACAUCAGCGUAUCCUUGCUCGCCGUCAGACUAUUGAGGAAAGAAAGGAACGUCUUGAGAGCUUGAACAUUCAGCGUGAAAAAGAAGAGUUGGAGCAGCGUGAAGCGGAACUCCAAAAGGUCCGCAAAGCCGAAGAGGAGAGAUUGCGUCAGGAGGCGAAAGAGCGGGAAAAGGAGCGCAUUCUGCAGGAACAUGAGCAAAUUAAAAAGAAAACUGUUCGUGAACGUUUGGAGCAGAUCAAGAAAACUGAGCUGGGAGCCAAGGCCUUCAAAGAUAUUGAUAUUGAAGUAAGAAGCUUGUUGUUUCCCCCUGACAACUUGUUUAUUGUAACCACUAGUGACCAUUCACUAAUGGGAAGUUUAUAUUGUAGAAAAUAUUGUAUAUUUUGUUAGACUUUUAGUCCAUUUCUACAUUCUUCAGGAAGACAGAAACCCCAUUUGAAUACCCUACCAGUAGCAUCUCCAACUUCCCUCAACUAGGUUUCCUAACCUUAAUCAAACAGCUUGAUUACAAAUAAUGUAGUCUAUUUCAGGGGACCCCUGACCGUUAGGUCCAGUUGUGAUCUACUCUGGGGUUGCGGCACUCAUCUCGCUUCAUUGGCUGAGGGAGCCUGCGUACAGCUUUCGGGUCAUGUGGCCAGCAUGACCAAGCAGCUUCUGGCGAACCAGAGCCAGCAUUCUGAUUUGGCAAGUCCUAGGCUCUGUGGUUUAACCCACAGCACCACCCGCGUCCCUUAUUUCUGAAUAUUAGAAUAUUUUAAUAAAAUGGAUUAAAGGACUAAAAAUAAAAUAAUAUAGUAGAUAAUGCAUCAAGUGGGGAAGCUGUAUUAAAAUUAAAAACAAGAAUGUGUGUUUUUCUCAGAAAUGGCAGUUUGAUUUUUAUUCUUUAACAUCUAAUGUCUUGACUAUAGGAUCUUGAAGAAUUGGAUCCAGACUUCAUUAUGGCAAAACAAGUUGAACAGCUGGAGAAAGAGAAGAAGGAAUUGCAAGAGCGUCUGAAGAAUCAGGAGAAAAAGGUAUAAGAAAAAGAUGUACGGUUAAUAGCUGAGAACUAGGUGGAGAAACAGCAUUUAUUGAUGACAUUUGUGUGUGUGCUCCUUUUAUGCUUUAACCUGAACAAUCACAUUUCUUUAGAUUGACCAUUUUGAAAGGGCAAAACGCUUGGAAGAAAUCCCACUGAUUAAGAGUGCAUAUGAAGAGCAAAGAGUCAGAGACAUGGAGCUUUGGGAACAGCAAGAAGAAGAAAGGGUGAGGUUUCUGAGAGUACUCUGGUGUGACGUAGUUACUUGAUAUUUUUUCUCUGUUAGUUUCUAGAAAUGAACUUCUCAGCUGAUUAUAUAGUUUAUGCAGUAGUAGACAGUGUUUUAGAAAUCUUUGUCACAUGAGUGAUGAAGAAUGAAUGAUGUUUGGAUAUAUUGCAAUUAAAGAAUUUCAGUCUGUGCUAGAACUCCAAUUUUGCCAUAAAAGAAUUCAGAUCUUCUGACUGGAAUAAAUUGUGUAGCUACACCAAGUUCUAAUGUAAAUCAUUAGAAUGCUUUGCAGCUUGCAAUUGUGUAAUAGUUAGAAUCUGUUUGGGAACAAUGAAAGCCAUCAUUUUAACUGUAAUAAAAGUGAUCAUAGGGUUUAUAUAGGCUUAGUACCCAAGCUCUUUUUCCGUAUACCAUUGCUUAACAAUAAUAGGCCUACUGCGGUUUUCCUUUAAGUGGUCUGCUAAAUUUUAUUGGCAUCUAGACAGUUAAAAAAAAAAAGAGGCAUGUGGUGCCCAUAAAUUCACAAAAGACAUUUGAAACAAAUUGUAUGCAUCACUCUACUACUGAUUUGGUUUUAUGUAUGUCACAGAUCUCAACUAUGCAGUUGGAACGCGAGAAAGCCCUUGAACAUAAGAACAGGAUGUCAAGGAUGUUGGAGGACAGUGAUUUCUUUGUAACUAGGCUCAAAGAAGCGAGAAGAUCAGUGUAUGAGGUAAAUCUGAUUUUUGUGUUCUGACACAUAUGAGAUUACUCCUGAUCAGAACUUUAUAGAAAAUGGAGUGAGGGAUGGCACUGGUAUCCUCUCUCCUUUGUCAUUUUAGCAUGUUAGUGUCUGUGCCUGUUUUGAUAUGAGAGGCAACAAUAUUACGCUUCGCCUCAGCAGAGAGGUGUCCUUUCUGAUAAAAUAAUCUCAUAUAAAAAGCUUUAUGUGUAUCUUCCUCUUUGUUUAUUUCAUUUGUAUCCUCCCCUUCCUCCAAAGACAUCGGAGAAUUCUCCCAUUUUAUAAGUUGUUUCUAAACUUCUCAAAACAGUUGUUUUACAUCUCUGCUAUUAAUGUGGAUUCCAGAACUGUUUAGAAUCAUAGAGUUGGAAGGAACCCAAGGGUUAUCUAGUCCAACCCCCUGCAAUGCAGGGAUCUCAGCUAAAGCAUCCAUGACAGAUGACCAUCCAACCUCUACUUAAAACCUUCAAGGAAGGAGAGUCCACAACCUCCCAAUGGAAACUGUUCCACUGUCGAACAGCUCUUACUGUCAGAAGGUUUUAACAUAGGUUUAGUCUGAAUCUCCUUUCUUGUAAGUUGAAGCCAUUGGUUUGAGUCCUACCUUCCAGAGCAAGAGAAAACAAGCUUGUUCCAUCUUCCAUGUGACAGCCCUUUAAAUAUUUGAAGAUGGCUAUCAUAUCUCCUCUUAGUCUCUUUUCUGGGUUAACUAUACACUGUUGACUCAUGUUAAGCUUGUGGUCCUCCAGGACCCCUAGAUCCUUUUCACAUGUAAGCCAGGUGUCCCCCAUCCUAUAUUUGUGCAUCUGGUUCUUCGUGCCUAAGUGCAGAACCUUACAUUUGUUCCUAUUGAAAUUCAUUUUGUUAGCUUGUGCCCAGUUAGUCCAAUCUGUUAAGGUAAUUUUGAAUUUUGAUUCUGUCUUCUGCGGCAUUAUCUACCCUUCCCAGUUUCAUGUCAUCUACAGAUUUGAUGAGCAUCCCUUCAAUUCCUUCAUCCAAGUUGCUUAGAAAGACAUUGAGCAACGGGCCUAAGAGUUGACUUUAUGUAUAGCUGCCAAGCUACAAUUAGUCAUUAACACUUGUGGACACCAGAUAGUUGGAGUUCAUGUUUGAGCAUUCAUCCUGUAGGUUGCCUGUAACAUGGAGUUCAAUGUAUUAAUAUGUAUUUUAGGAAAAACUUAAACAAUUCCAAGAAAGAUUAGCAGAGGAAAGGCAUAAGCGCUUAGAGGAACGCAAAAGGCAGCGCAAAGAGGAAAGACGCAUUGCUUAUUAUCAGGAGAAAGAGGAAGAAGAACAAAGAUUGCAAGAAGAGAAGAUGCUUAAAGGUAAACACUAAAUAAAAGGCUAUUGCUGAAAAAGCACCCUUGAUCUUUGCUGUGUUUCCAGCAGUAUUUAUUUUACUUAUCUAGAUAUAGAUGUGCCAUGGCUGCCAUUAAAUGAAUUUGAAUUUCAUUACUCGUAAAAUAAUAAUAGGUAAUAUUCAGUGUUGUCCGUCCACUAGCAGAAUAGACAUUGUUUGUGGAAUAGAUUCCCUCUACUAGGCCCACCCAAUAUGAUCUGGAGAGUUUGGAGACGGCAUGGGGGGCUGUGGGACAGGAAAGAAAAAUGAAUUCUCAUCAUACGACCAGAAGUCUGCUUGCACAACAUUGGCCCAUUAAAUUUUAAGCAGACAUGAAAUGCUGUGCAAACAAAAUUGGUAAAUGAGAGGACAUAUGAUAGACAUUUCGAAUAUAGGAUGGAAAGUCACUCUAUCUGCAUUAAUAUUUUGGGCAGAACAAGAAGAAAAAGAACGUGCAGAACGUGAAAAACGUGAGGAAGAAAUGCGUGAAUAUCAGGAACGCGUCAAAAAACUAGAAGAGGUAGAGAGAAAGAAACGCCAAAGAGAACUGGAGAUUGAAGAAAGGGAACGUCGUCGAGAAGAAGAGAGGAGGAAUCUUGAAGAUCCGCUUUCAAGGAAGGUAAAUUCUAUUUCUGAUAAACUGACGUUUCUAAGCAGAAUCCAGCGUUGCCUGAGCAGAAGUCCUGUGCAAACAACAGGACUUCACUUCUCUCUUUUCCCCUCCGCACACCGCCACAAGUCUGCAAAAUCAUCUGUGGAGAGUCCCUCAAUCCUUUGAAGUAUAUUUUGAAAUGUGGAGGCCUGCUGGGUGGGGGGAGGACAGGAAGGUGAAGUCUGUUGCAUGAGGAGAGUUUUGUUCUGCUUCUGCACAGAUAGCGCUGGAUAUAACCCUCCAAAUUCCUCUAUUCUUAAAUAGAGAAUAAUUUACAUCAAAAAAAAGUAUAUGUGAAAGAACUCUUCAAAUUCAAGAAUUCAUAUUUAAGAAGGAAGCUUUCAACGUACAGCUUUUGAGUGGACUUCAGUUUUGUGCCUUGGUGCUAUGGAAGAGAAAGUGAUUCCACCUUCUUGCAGCUUUCUAUGGCACCUUCCAGUAUGUUCUGGAGGGUCCCCUGACUCACUGCAGCUGAAUUUAGCAAGUGCUGGGAGGCUACCAGGGUUGGGGGGGUGUAUCCGAAAAAAAUCGGUCCCCUUUUCUGUUAGCAGAUGCACAAGGGCACCAAUAAAUUAACUGUCAACUGGCCUUUUAGUAUCUCUGUGAUCAAAUGAUGACUAUGAAAUAAUGUAGUAUGAAGUUGAUCAGGAGGGGGAAGAAGGAUCAGGAUCUGUUGGUUGGUGUUUGAGUAGUUUGCAAUAGAUCGAGUUUUUGACCACUGUUUGUCUUAACAAUAGCAGCAGCUUAAAAGUUUAUUUUACCUAAAUUAGCUGGCUGAGAAAGAAUGCCCAAGGAUGUGGUGGAAAACAGGAGUGGAUUCUUAUAUGAAGAGAUUCCCAAGCUUUCUUCUGUUACUUAUCAAAAAAAUCUGGGAUAAGCAUGUACUCAGAGACAGUCUAUUCCUUAAAUCUUUUUGUAUGUCUGCCCAGUUGAGCCACUAUUUUGCACCAGUCUCUAGUUGGCGGAACUUGUGGUAUUACAGUCAUCCUCGUGUUGUGUUUGCUUCGGGUUGAUUGUUUUCAGGUCCCAGGGCGACCCAGAAGUACCAGAAAGGGUUACGCGUAUGCGGGUUUCGCAUAUGCGCAGACGCUCAAAAUGACACCACGUGCAUGCGCAGAAGCAGCGAAUCACAACCUGUGCAGACGUGGGUUGCGUUCUGCUCAGGUUGCGAAUGUGGCUCCGGAACGGAUCCCAUUCACAACCAGAGGUACCACUGUAGUAAAAAAAAAAAAAAAACAAAGUAGAAGAGCCUGCAUGCUUGAAAUCUUCCCACUGCUCAACUACAAAGAGUGUUUCCAGAGCUGUAGCAUGUUGGUUUGUUGCAGCAAAGUGAACUCUGGUCUACAAAAGCUCGUGUCAUAAUCAGUUCAUUAGCCUUUAUGGUGCCCCAGGAGUCUUCAUUGUUUUUGUCUUAAGUAUUGCUUUAUAUUAAUAUUGUCUUCGGCUCAAUCAUUGGUAAUCUUUUCAAUGGGUAAACUUUGCACCAGAAAAUACAUGCAUUUUGAAAUUUUAUAAUGGUGAAAAUGUGUGUAUUAAUUUGGAUAAUCUGCAGCCCUAGUAAUUUCUCAUUCUUACUCUAUUCGUAAUUUUUCUAGUGGAGUAUUAGAGCUGAUCCUCAAUUUACAUAUUGUAGUUGUCAUGUCUGAAGGGUCCAUUUGUAUGUGAAAUUUGGGGUCUAUUCCUUUUCUCCUGCUUUUGAGGAGUAGGAAAAAUGACAGAAGACGUUGCUGCCUUUUUUGAAUGGAUUGACUAUUGUUUCCAGUUCACUUCUGUCAUUUCUUCCUCUGCCAUAUUUUAUUCUAAUUUGAACUGUCAUCGCCUUAGCUGUUCAUUUGCUAUGCUCUACAAAACAUAGUGGUGGUUUCUCUUGUGGCUACAUUUUGCAUUUGUAUGCCAUUUCUCAAGUUAGUAUUCAGUACUGAACAUGUCACUCAGAGAUAUGUGAAUAAUUCUUAUUAAUAACUGAGCAAUUUGUUUGGGUCAUGUUGGGACAAUUUUACUACCUAUUCCCCAUCCCCUUUGUUGAGUUGUAACUAAUAGUUCAGGUCCAGUAUAAUGCAGUACUUUGCACUUGUCCAUGCUGAAUAUCCAUCCAUAUAUUUGUCACAUGAGGUCUCAUUAAAUUUGUAAUGCCACAGAAUUCAAUAUAUACUUUUGUUUUUAAUAACUAGUCAAAAAACAAGUUUCACUGACAGAUUAGUUCAUAGGUUCUCAGUUUGUUAUUACAAGUCAAAAUAAUGUCAUGCCUAUACUAUUCUAUUGAAAUAAAAGCAUGUGAUAUAUACAAAACCACAUUGGUUGGGUUAUUAGUAACGGUACUUUUUAUUUUUGAUUUAAAUGUAGGACUCUCGUUGGAGUGAUCGAGAACCUGGUGAAAGCACCUGGAGAAGAAGUGCUGAGCCAGACUCAGAAUGGAGGCGACCAGCACCACCAGAAAGGUAUUUAUUGGAAUAAUGCUUAAAGUGUCUACAACUUCUUAAUGUUUCCUUUGUGAUCCUGAUGUCCUCUGCAAAGGUGAGUAUUGUUGUAGACUGCGUACAAAUAAAAUGGGUUGUAUCCAACUAAAUCAUUGCAUGCACAGAAUGCAAUAAAAUUGCAUUAGAAUAGCAAAAUGACUUAAUUGUUUAUUUUGACAAUUUAUACACAGUUUAAUGCAAUAGUCUCUAAGGAGUGUACAAGGUUGAUUUAAUAAAGAUAACUAUCUGUUAAAAGGAUAAAAUCAGAAUUCUAGAAUAAAGUCUUCAGUACAUGCUGGACAUUCAACAGGCAGAGGGCCAAUCUGAACUUAACUGGACGGGAGUUCUAUAAAAUUGGGUCCACAGUAUUGAAUGUACAUCUCCUGGUGGAUGCAAGUUGUGUGUCUAAGCCAUGAGGGGAUACUAACAGUGACUCACCUGAAGACCUCAGGGAUUAGGCAGUCCCUAAAUAUCCUUGAUCCAAGUUGUUAAGGGCUUUGCAAAUUAAUACAAGAACCUGUAUUACAUUGAGAAAGCAACCAGCCAUUUAAAUGAGAACCUUAGGUCUGCAGUUUUUCACCCCAAGUGAAGAUUUGGCCUCUUAACCUUUCUCCAAUUCAUUUGGUUAUCAAACAGAAUUUAUAAGUUCAAUGACGUAUACUAAUUUCUUACGUUUCCUAGCAUACGUAGACUUUUGGAUAAAAGUUUGUAAGUUCCCGGCUAAAGUUGGAAGAGAGCACCUGAAAUAUAGUUGGAUAGGCAGCAGCAAGGAAAGAAAAAAGAUUAUUUGUACAUCUUUUACAUUGAUCAGAACUCUAACAGAAUUGUCUAUUUUUUAAUAUUUCAGCAAUAUCCAUGCAUCCUGACAUUUCCUUUGAAACAUUUCAACAGUGGGCAGUCCCUAGUGAAGUAGUUUUGUUAGUGCAAGGACUUCCUAUCCCUGUACCUCCCAACAGCCCCCUCCCCCAAAUGGUGGGUUGACAAGAAACCCAGAAUAGAUGUAGGGUGCACAGGGGAAGAAGAGGGAGGGGAAGUCCUGUUGCGCAGCCAGAAGUACUUGUGCCAACAGAACUACUUUGCUGGAUAAAGCUCUCUUUUUAUAAUUAUCCAUCCCUUGUGACACCAUUGUUCUUUAGUAUCUUGUUACAUAUGAUGUUUUAUUUAUCCUCACCACUCCAAAAUGUCAAGCUGACUACUCACAGGUUGUAUGUUAUUUCCUACAUGGAACAGAUUUCUUUAUGGGAAAUAACAUGUGAUGUGGUGUAAUUAGUACUACUGUGUAGGAGUAAAUAUACCAAGUGGCUUUCCAGACAACUGAAAACAAAACUUUUAUAUUCAAAAUGCACAAUUUUUCUAUUUAAACAGAGAGUGGCGGCGUGGAGACGCACGUGAGGAUGAAAAACCUUUACGAAGAGAUGAUUUGCCUCGGCGUGGUAUCUCAGCAGACAGAGUAGAGUCUCCUCGUGAAGCACUAGACGACAAAGUGCCGAAGCAGGAUGCUGAUGAAGACAAAGGUCCUAAGAAAGUUCUGGAUGAUGACAGAACAAGUUGGCGCUCAGCAGAAGAGAAGGGCCCCAUGCGUGGCUUAGAUGAUGACAGGGGCCCCAGGCGCGGGCUGGAUGACGAUAGGGGCCCCAGGCGCGGGCUUGAUGAUGACAGGGGCCCCAGGCGUGGUCUGGAUGAUGACAGGGGCCCCAGGCGCGGGCUGGAUGAUGACAGGGGCCCCAGGCGUGGUCUGGAUGAUGACAGGGGCCCCAGGCGCGGGCUGGAUGACGACAGGGGCCCCAGGCGUGGGCUGGAUGAUGACAGGCCAAGUUGGCGCAACACAGAUGAUGACAGGGGCCCCAGGCGUGGUCUGGAUGAUGACAGGGGCCCCAGGCGUGGUCUGGAUGAUGACAGGGGUCCCAGGCGUGGGCUGGAUGAAGACAGGGGCCCCCGGCGUGGGCUGGAUGAUGACAGGGGCCCCAGGCGGGGUUUGGAUGAUGACAGAGGCCCUAGGCGGGGUUUGGAUGAUGACAGACCAAGUUGGAGAGCUGCAGAUGAAGAUAGGCCUCCCCGGCGUGGUCUGGAUGAUGACAGAAUGUCAAGGCGUGAUGAAGAUAGGGGACCAUGGCGUAACACAGAUGAAGAUAGAAUUUCAAGGCGUGAUGAUGAUCGUGGACCUAGACGUGCUGGUGAUGAUGACAGAGGUCCUAGACGUGGAGAUGAUGCUAGGCGUGGAGAGGAUUCCAGAACUGGACCUUGGAGACCAUAUGGGAAACCGGGUAAACAUACAAAUUGGAGCCAUUCAUUUUGUGUUCUGAGAAUAGCUAGCAUACAUUCUGUUUUAAGUUUGCACAGAAAACGCUUUGCAUUCUGAGAUGACUGCAGCAAACUGAAAAGUACCUCAUAAUGUUUCUGUUGAACAUUGUCUGGAAAGUAAUGUCGGUAAUAUAAGAAUCUAAAGGGUUACAUAUUUGCAAGUCAAAAGCCAACAAGUGCCAAAAGGGCAUAGACAUUAUAUCCAUUUGUUUGCACUUCUUUACAUUGUUGCCACUGCAGUGUAAAAAAUUUGAUUCCUUUGCUGAUUAAUUGAAGGUAUCCCAAAGUGCAGUUCUUGUACUUUGAUUGCUAGAUACAUUUAAACAAAUGACUAAAAAAUGGAGAUGAUCUAAUGGGUAACACUGGUUCCAGAAUUAGUUGGGUGCAAGUAUACUGGAUAAUUACAAGGAAAAAACCACAUUCUCGUUUCCUUAUUCAAAGAAAUCAUAAUAAAGCACAUGUAAACAUGAAACAAGUUAUUCCACAUUGUAUUCCAUUUAUGCCAGAUGUAUUCCCAUCUCAGAUAUCCAUAAUAGAAUGGGAUUUUGCAUGUGGAAACCUCAGUUGUGGUGUGGAAUCAUAAGAAAUAGAAUACAAACUCCUUGCUUGCAUGCAUGCAUGCAUGCAUGAAUCUUUAUUUGUGUCAGCUAUCAGCCAUAGCAAUAAAACAACAAUACAAUAUACAAAGAAUAGAAAUAAAAAGUCAAUUAUAUAAAAUGCAUGAAUGGAAGCUCCACAUUCUUACACUAUUGAGAGUAGUACACCUAAGUUCAGAUAUUUCGCUGUCAAUAGGUGGUUGGAGAGAACGAGAAAAGGCUCGUGAAGAUAGUUGGGGCCCUCCACGAGAUUCCAGACCUUCAGAAGAUAAUGAAUGGGAUAAAGAUCGUGAUGAGAAUGAGAAGGAUCGUGAACUUGACAAGGACCGUGACUUUGAUCGGGAAGAUCGUUUCAGGCGUCCUAGGUUUGAUUUCAUUACUUUUAAAUUGUGUGUAGCUUGGGUUUCUCCUCCCCAACCCUUAUGAACUGGGGUAAGGCCCCACCACAAAAAUCUUUGGGAUAUUGGGCAUCACAGUUUGGGGCACGUGAACAAUUUUGAAGUGGUAGUAAGUAGCCAAAAGCAGAGUUGUUGUUUUUUGUUAUUUUGAUGAGUUUUAUGUCACCAAAAUGUGCACUUGAGUGCUACGAGCAUUAGCUGGAGAAUAGUUUGCAAUGUUUUUACCCACAAAUGUUUACAAAUGCUUGUUUCUUGGAAAAAAUGAUUUUGAAUAGUGCUUUAAAAAAAAAAAGUUUUGUUUUGUUCCAGUAACAGUUUGCAUAAGAGUAGCUUCUGGGUCGUAUGGUUGAUUUUAAUUCAUUCCCUGGAAUGUGGAGUUAAAUGCUUUUUCUUAUUACUAAAAUACAUUUUUAUAACUAAAGAGAUGACGCUGGCUGGAGAAGAGGACCAGCUGAGGAAACCUCUAGCUGGAGAGAGUCAGGCCGUCGUGAUGAAUGGGACAGAGGUGGCCGUGAUUCUAGAGAUGACCGGGGUGGCCGUGAUCUUCGAGAUCGGCGUGUUGAAGACAGGGAAAGGAGAGGGCCAGUGCCCCUUCCCAGAACAGAUCGGGAAGAAGGUAGACUUGUUUUCUGUAGUUGGGUACCCUAAAUACAGCUCCCUUUCAGGAAAACACAAAGGAAGCACACUUACAGUAUAUAUCAUUGCAUAAUUGUGCAAAUAGGGUCACACUUGAGAACACUUAAAUAUAUUUUUUUUAAAGAAAUGAAAUUUGAUGGUGUAGCAAGAUAUGAUUUAAACAGGUAAAUACAAAAGCCGUAUCACUUCUAAAAUGUUUUUUGUACUUAAAAGACUUGCAAAGUAUUUGCCCCUUAGCUUUGAACAUUGUUGGUUACAAUAAGUAUUUUUUUUCUAUUCUGGGUCUUCAGAUCCAUAGCUUAUCAGUUAAUCAGAUCACCUAUAAAUCAUGUUAACUUCUCAUUCCAAAGCUAUGUGGAAAGAUUCAUACAAGAUCCCUCCGCCUUUUCUUUUUUAAAAAAGUUCUAUUUUUGGACAUUCUCAUCACAAGUUUAUGGGUGUCUUGCGAAUUGCUAUAAAGCUGUUUUGGAUGGCCUGGAUUCCAAUGUCAUCAAACUUUUUCUCUGAAUUUGAUAAUAGUAAAACAUAGUGAAGGAAGCAUAGCCAUGAUACUGUCUUUCCCCCAUGUAGUGAGCUCAUGGAGACGUGGCGAUGACAAAAAGGAGGAGCACGAAGAACGGGAAAUUGUUCGGAGACCACCUGCUGCUGCUCCAGCUCCCUCUGUGUCAAAAGAACGAGAAAAAGAUGGUGAGAAAGAGAAGGGGGCCUGGAGAACAGAAAAAGACCGGGACUCCCUUCGCCGCACUAAACUUGAAGCUGAUGAAGAUGGGUGGACCACUGUGCGACGUUAAGUUCAAAACCUAAACAUGGUUUUUAUGUUGGUGUUUAGCAUUGAUUGGUAACAAAUUAUAAUAUUGGUGCUUUAACACUCUGAAUUGGAAUUCUUUUAACAAAAUUUUCUAGGUAAUGUGAAAGCAUGAAACUCUUACACGUGUGAAAACUGAUCAUGCACAGAACUUGCAACUAAAAGUCAGAAAUUGAAUACUGGUUACCUGAAAUUUCAAAUGUUGUAUAUGUCACAGAUCACUUGGUGGUAAGAAAUAAAAAAUAUGAACCCAGUAGGUAUCUUUGAGUGGCAUGUAUAUCUCAAUCAAAAAGAAAUCAAUUUUUAUUUUAAGUAGCUCUUCACCUGGAAAAUCGGUAUGGUCUGCAAAGUGUACAUUUAAAACAACAUUUCUAGUUACAUGAAGUGAUGGCUUUGUAAGACUACUGCCUAAAAUAGAUAUAAGCAAACACUUUCUAUUUGGGUAUUUUGAUGGCAAGAGGUGUUUUUUUCUGAUGGUAUUAUACAAAGUCAGUAUGUUUUGAGUUGCAUACGAUAAAUGUUAUGGACCUUUUAGCCACACUGGGGUUUUUUUGGGUAGAUUUUUCUUGAAUGCAUAUACUUAUCAAGCCAUUUUGCAGUCUUUGUUCUCACAGUGAAUGCCAGCACAGCAGUCUCAAAACAACAAAUAAGGCUUUUAAAAUGAAAGCGUUUGAGAACAAUCAUACUGCUGAAGUUUCUGACCCUUGGCAUAUAGACUUUGCUUUUUCUGUUCAUGGAUAAUUCAUGCCUUUUGAAGCAUUUAUAUAUAGUAUCCUAUUUCAAGUAUGUGGUCUGGAGGAACUGCUCACUCUUCCCUUCCUUCCUUCCCAAUUUCUUGUCUUCUGGGUAAGUGCUUUACCUUAAACCAAGUGCUUUGUAGUAUGGGCUGGGUUGACUUCAAUUUUGAGGGCAAAGUAGUAAUGUUUAUGAUUGUUUUUAAUUGAAGCCAACACAGAACUUGCUACUAUGUGUUAACUUCAGUGAUAAAUAAACUUAACAAAAUAAGGUGC